UCUCACCAAUCGUGCAAACAUGAAGUACUUGGUGUUUGUCCUCCUGGUGGCUGCCGCUUGCGCUUCUGAGGUGAAGCGAGAGGCGGCGCCAAGCACAGGCUACCUUUAUCAUCCUCAUGGUAGCCACCACAGCGGCCACUCCCAUGACGGUGGCUACCGUCCACUUCACAAGAGGUCCGCUGAGGCAGAGGCCGACCCCUCUAACCUUUACUAUCCUGGAUAUCCCCGCAACUACCAGUACAGCUACCCAUCAUACCACCACCACAAGAGAUCUGCUGACCCCGCAGCCGAGACUGAACCCAGCUACAGGCCCACCUCAUACCACCACCACUCCUACACCCCUUACCAACACACCUAUACUCCCUACGUGAACCACCCUCAUAAGAGGUCAGCCGAGCCCUCUACCAUCUACCAGCACCACACCCCCUACAACCCCUACGUACACCAUCCUCACAAGAGGUCUGCCGAACCAUCUACCAUCUACACUCACUACAACCGCCACCACACCCCAUAUGUAUACCGACCGCAUAAGAGGUCUGCCGAAGCCAACCCUAGCUACCAUCACGCCUACAACCCCUCCCAUUACCAUGGAGUCAUUUCCGGUCACGACUUCCAUUACCGCUACUGAGCACCAGGAGUUUAGAUACAUAGCUUUUAG